GUCUCAGAGCGAGUGGAGCGACGGCUGCAGCAACUGGAGCGGGAGAUGAGAACAGAGCGGCAGCAAAUGGAGAGGCGUCAGGACCAGCUGGGACAUGUGUCUGUGCAGCUGCACGAGGAAUUGAAGAAACGGGGGUCCAAGUCUGAAGAGGUGGAGGAAUCACUGAAGGAGAAGCUUGGAAAGCUGGAGAGUGAGAAAAGCCAGUUGAAGGAGGAGCUGGAGCGAUACCGGAGGAGACUGGACCAGACGGAGGGGAGCCGGGAGACCCUGCUGUGCCAGGUGGAGGAUCUGCGCGGUCAGCUUGUGAAGCUGGAGGAGGAUCGGGGACACUUACAGCACCAGGUCUCUCACUUAUCCUUACAAAACCAACACGAGAACCAGGAGGAGCAGCGCAGGAUACGGGCAGCCAUAGAACGAUCCGAAAGGGAGAAACAGGAACUGGAGCGUCAGAUCAUAGAACUGCGCACGCAGGUGAGCCGGAGCGCCAUGCUGUCCGAGAUCGACAGUCUGAAACAAAGCCUUGACCUGAAGGACCGAGAGAAGGUUCAGCUGGCGGAGCACCUAGAG